AUGGCGGACGCGGCUGGGACGGCGGAGAGGAAGCUCACGCUGAAGAGCGCCGACGGCAAGGAGUUCUUCGUGGAGGAGGCGGUGGCGAUGGAGUCGCAGACCAUCAAGCACAUCGUGGAGGAUGGUUGCGCCAACAACAUCAUCCCCCUCCCCAACGUCAACGCCAAAAUCCUUGACAUGGUCAUCAAGUACUGCAGACAGCACAUCCAGAAGCGCGGAGCCGACGCCGCCGACCCCACCGCGAAGGCCUCCGAGCCGGACCUCAAGACCUUCGAUGAUAAGUUCAUAGACGUCGACCAGCAAAUCCUCUUCGACCUCAUCCUGGCUGCGAACUACUUGAACAUCAAGGGGCUGCUGGACCUGACCUGCCAGAAGGUCGCUGACAUGAUGAAGGGGAGGACUGUAGAGGAGAUCCGCAAGACCUUUGACAUCAAGAACAACUUCACCAAAGAGGAAGAGGAGGAAGUUCGGAGGGAGAACCAAUGGGCUUUCGAAUGA